AUGCUCAAGAGACUUUACUCCUCUGCUGCUGCUGCUGCUGCUACUGUUGCUGCUACUUUUGCUACUUCUGCUACUUCUGCGCAUCCGUUCCGUGUUGCAGUGGUGGGAUCAGGUCCCGCAGGGUUCUACGCCGCGUACCGGCUACUCGAGCGACUCCCACAAGCUUCUGUGGACAUUUACGAGGCCCUUCCUGUCCCCUUUGGUCUGGCCAGGUUUGGUGUUGCUCCAGACCACCCAGAAGUCAAAAACUGUCAAGACAAGUUCACCGAAGUUGCAGAAACACAACCUACCCGUCUUCGGUUUGUUGGCAACACCGCCGUGGGCCGCGAUGUUUCGCUCCCAAAUCUUGUCAAUGCUUACAAUUCCGUGCUUUUUGCAUAUGGAGCCGCCCAUGAACAAUCUUUGGGGGUUCCAGGAGAACAGCUGCCAGGAGUUUAUUCUGCUCGCCAGUUUGUAGGAUGGUAUAAUGGCUUGCCAUCUCAAGCCGGACUCAACCCUCCCCUCGAAAACGCAGAGGUCGUCACCGUUAUUGGUAACGGUAACGUGGCUUUGGACGUGGCCCGUGUACUGCUGUGUGACCCGGAAACAAGACUAAAAGCAACAGAUAUCACCGAAGAAGCGUAUGAAGUUCUUAAACGCUCACGCGUGCGUCAUGUUCGCGUGAUUGGUCGCCGUGGGUUGCUCCAAAGCGCUUUUACUACUAAAGAGAUUCGUGAGCUUGUCAAUGAGCCCGGAGUGACCAUGUUACCACUACAUGAGCGCUACAUUGCUCCCUAUCGAGCGUUGAUCCCCAAACUCGGACGCGUCCAAAAGCGUAUGAUGCAAGUAAUUGAAAAGGCCAGUAAUGCCUAUGAUCCAACUGUGCCAGCUGCAAAAACCUUUUCUCUAGAAUACUUACUUUCUCCUAAAGAGUUUUUCCCAGGAACAACCCCUGGACUGCUCUCUGCAACUGAGUGCCGGAUCAAUGUUUUGCAACAAGACGACCUGACUGCUCCUGCACGCGCAGUGGUCACCAAUGAAACUGUGGUUUUGCCCAACGAGCUGGUGUUCAAGAGUAUUGGCUACAAGGCCGAACCACUUCUUGGAAUGGAUUCCCUGGGUAUUGCGUUUGAUGAGAUCCGUGGGGUAGUUCCUAAUGAGUUGGGUCGUGUGUUGGUGAAGACCCCUCAUAACGGCAAGAAUGAGGCUUCCACUCCAAGCAAGAGCCUGUACGUGACUGGGUGGGUCAAAACAGGGCCGACCGGAGUUAUUGCUUCUACAAUGCGUGAGGCUUUUGAAGUGGCCGAUCUCAUGGUUGAUGAUGUGCUUAGCGGCACAGCAAACACAGACAUAAAGCCUGGGUACGCCGGGGUUGUUUCUGAGAUUGAAGCGUCGACGCACCCAGUGUCAUGGGCCGAAUGGAAGGCCAUUGAUCAGGCCGAAGCCGCUCGCGGGGCCGAGAUUGGCAAGCCGCGAGUCAAGUUUCAAAGUGUAAGUGAUAUGCUUGAUGUUUUAGGUAUUAAGUCAUAG